AGCUGAUCUACAAUAGACUCAUACACUGUCUCAAAAACAACCUUACAAACCCCAAGAGCAAUCAUGGACCAAGCCAAGUUCAGCGAGGGUGUGAUGCAUAUUAAGGACCAUGGCUCCACACACUUGUCCCAGGAAACAGUCAAAAAGCUGAUCCACCAGGCUCAGGAGGCAAAGCAGCAAGCCUACUGCCCUUACAGCAAAUUCAGAGUGGGAGCUGCUCUCCUGACUAGACCAGACAACUAUUGGUUUACAGGUUGCAAUGUGGAGAAUGCAUGUUACAACCUGGGUGUGUGUGCUGAAAGGAAUGCUAUCUCAAAGGCAGUUUCUGAAGGCUACAGAAGUUUCAAGGCAAUUGCAAUUGCCAGUGACAUGAAUGACCAGUUCAUCUCCCCGUGUGGUGGUUGCAGACAGUUCAUAAGAGAGUUUGGAUCAAACUGCGAUGUGUACCUGUCUAAGCCCGACGGCUCAUACCUGAAGAAGACGGUGGACGAGCUGCUGCCCGUCUCCUUUGGCCCUGAAGAACUGUCCGUAAAGAAAGUGUUUGACAUUCCUAAUGAGUACUGAGCCUGUAUUGUAGUACAGAACACACACGUGUUGCUUAUUUGAACUGCCAGUACAUGUACCGUGUAUAACAUAAUGCUGAAAACGUAUUCAUGUUUAGCAGCAGCUCUAUUUAUGGUAAAUAUUUCUUCUUGUGUUAUCUGCAGAUUUGAUUUGUGUGAUGUACUUAAAUGUAUUGUUAUUAAUAUACGCAUCAAGCCAAUUGCCAGACUAUAAGCUGGAAAAUUCA